UCUAAACUUAAUUAACCAAGUUACCAACAAAACAUCUCUGAUAUCUUCCAUUUCUCUUAUGGGUUUUGCUUAUAAGUUUAUUAUUGUAUAUCUUGUCAUCUUACUUCCAUUGCCAACUGCUUAUGAAGCUAAUCAGGUCGACUUCUUUACCCGCAUGAAAGAUUCUCUUUCCGUGGGUACGUCUUUAAUGGACUGGGAUGAUGACAGACCAGCUUGCAACUACACGGGUGUAAGCUGUGAUAAGAAAGGUUACGUGAUCAAGAUCGAUAUUACAGGGUGGGGGUUAUCCGGUCAUUUCCCUGAAAACGUAUGUUCUUUAUUGCCUCGUUUGAGGAUUCUUCGUGUUGGGUACAACAAGUUUCAUGGAGACUUCCCUCAAAGUAUCACCAAUUGUUCGUUAUUAGAAGAACUCAACGUAGCGUUUACCAAUCUCACUGGAAAAUUGCCUGAUUUAUCCCCCAUGAAAUCUUUAAAGUUGCUUGAUAUGUCAAACAAUUUAUUUACAGGCAAGUUUCCAAUAUCAUUCAUAAACCUCAUUAAUCUUGAGGUGGUGAACUUCAAUGAAAACGCGGGUUUUAACAUGUGGACUCUUCCAGAGAAUGUUUCAAGGCUAGUAAACCUCAAGUCAAUGAUCUUGAGUACUUGUGUGCUGAGUGGGCCAAUUCCUAAAUCAAUUGGAAAUAUGACAUCUCUUAUUGAUUUAGAAUUGAGUGGUAAUUUUCUAGUUGGUCCGGUUCCAAGAGAGAUUGGUUUGCUAAGAAACUUGCAGCAGUUGGAGCUUUACUAUAACCAAUUAGUUGGUGAGAUACCUCAUGAGCUAGGAAAUCUUACCGAGCUUUUUGAUCUUGACAUGUCGGUCAACAAGUUAACCGGAACCUUGCCAGAAUCCAUCUGUCGUCUACCAAAACUUCAAGUCCUGCAGCUUUACAAUAACAGUCUUACUGGAGAAAUCCCACAGGUUCUAGAAAACUCGACAACUUUAACCAUGUUGUCCCUCUACAGCAACUACUUGACUGGUGAAGUUCCGAGAAAACUAGGCAGAUCGUCACCUCUCACUCUUGUUGAUUUGUCGGAAAACAAUUUAACUGGAGAAUUGCCGUCGGAGGUGUGCAAUGGAGGUAAGUUGUUAUACUUUCUAGCUCUAGGAAACAUGUUUUCGGGUUUCUUACCUGAAAGUUAUGGUAAAUGUGCGUCCCUUAUACGUUUUAGAGUUAGUUCUAACCGUUUAGAAGGGAAAAUACCUGACGGCAUUCUAGGACUCCCUUCGGUUUCCAUUAUUGAUUUGAGUUACAAUUUUUUCAAUGGUUCGAUACCUAAAGUGAUAGGGAAUGCUAGAAAUUUGUCAGAAUUGUUUCUACAGAAUAAUAUGAUCGCGGGUGUUGUGCCUUCUGAAAUCUCUAAAGCAAUCAACCUUGUAAAGAUUGAUUUGAGCAACAACUUACUGUUUGGUCCAAUACCUACAGAAAUUGGUAACAUAAAAAGACUCAAUCUUUUAAUAUUGCAAGGAAAUAAGCUUACUUCUUCAAUCCCAAGUUCACUUUCGUCGAUAAAAUCUUUGAAUGUUCUUGAUCUGUCAAGAAAUCAACUCACCGGUAGCAUACCCAAAAGUUUGUGUGAUUUGCUUCCAGGAUCCAUGAACUUUUCAUACAACCAACUUUCGGGACCCAUACCAACGCAGUUUAUUAAGGGAGGAGAGCUAGAAAGUUUUGUAGGCAAUAAAGAACUAUGUAUAUCGGCGUACUCUUACAAAGUAGAUCAAGCUUUCGCUUUAUGUUCACAGACUUCUAAUCAAAAGAAACUUAACAGUUUUUGGGUGAUUAUAGUUUCGGUAGGGGUCAUGUUAAUUGGAGUCAUUAUCUUUUUACGACGAUGUCUUAAUAGAGAGACAGAUAUAACAAAACAUGAAGAGACAUGGGCUUGUUCAUAUUUUUCUUACAAUGUGAAAAGCUUUCAUCAUGCAAGUUUCAACCAACAUGAAAUCAUUGAUGGCAUGAUAGAAAAGAACGUUGUGGGUCAUGGCGGGUCAGGUACAGUUUACAAAGUUGAUCUAAGCAAUGGAGAAGUUGUUGCUGUAAAGCGCUUUUGGAGUCAGAAAUGGAAAGAUGGUUCUUCAAAUAAUCAGCAAAUGAUGGACAGGGAAUUGAAAAGUGAGAUUGAGACUUUAAGUAACAUUAGGCACAAGAAUAUAAUCAAAUUGUAUUGCUAUAUGUCAAGCUGCAAUUGUAACUUGUUGGUUUAUCAAUACAUGCCGAAUGGAAGUCUUUGGGAUGCACUGCAUCAAGUUAAAUGUUGUUUGGAUUGGCCAACUCGUCACCAAAUUGCACUUGGUAUCGCUAAAGGUCUGGCCUAUCUUCACCAUGAUUUGCUGCCACCGAUUAUUCACCGCGAUGUCAAGUCCACCAACAUUCUUCUAGACAUAAAUUUCAACCCGAAAGUUGCUGAUUUUGGCUUAGCUAAGGUUCUACACGGUCGAGGAAAGGACUCCACUACCACCGUUGUUGCUGGGACAUACGGCUACUUAGCACCAGAGUAUGCGUAUACAUCAAAAGCCACAACCAAGUGUGACGUGUAUAGUUUUGGGGUCGUGUUGAUGGAACUGAUAACGGGGAAGAAGCCCGUGGAAGCAGAAUAUGGAGAAAACAAGAACAUCAUAUAUUGGAUCUCAAGCAAAGUGGAGACAAAGGAGGGAGCAAUGGAGAUUCUAGACAGGAGAUUGUCAGGAGUUUUUAAAGACGAAAUGAUAAAAGUUCUUCGUGUAGCCAUUCUUUGUACGUGCAGAACGGCUACACUUCGUCCUACCAUGAAUGAGGUGGUUCAAAUGUUGAUCCACACGGAUCCUUGUGGUUCGGAUACUUGUAAGUCAACUAACAAGGCCAAAGAAACCACCAAAGAAACUUAAGAUGAUACGAAUUAUUAGCAUAUAUAUAAAGAGAAAUUAUUGCAUCCAAAGCCUACUAGGGACAUUUUGUAUAUAGAUGGAUUAUAUGUCUCAUUUCCUUAAUUUUGGUGUGUUAACUGUUUCUGGAUCAUAUAUAUUUUGAAGUUUUUUAUAUCAAUAUAUCAUGAUAUGCGUCAU